AUGCGAUUCUUCGCGUGGUUACUCACGACCUUCCAUGUCUUCGAUGUUGUCAAGGGCUCUGCGAGCGUUGCGUGGUCAAAUACGACUUCAGGAGACGAAUUCCUGUCAGCGCUCAACCCUAACUACGCCGCAAAAGACUACUUUCCCAGGAUUACCUAUGAACUAUGGAUCACACAUCGAGCCGUGGACACACCAUUCUUGAGGAAGAAUCUCAGACAUUACGAACAACUCAAGAUGAACCCAUGGAAAAUUGGACGCGACGAACUCACCUUUCCUGCCUAUAUGGCAAAGCGAUACGCUCCCAACCUACCACCCAGUAGUAUGCUCUGCGAUGGCUUCGGAAUGUGCAGAGCCCCAAGCUGUAAAGACAUUGGAGAAAAGCUCCGACCUGAAGAACAACGCGCAGCCAUGUUGUUCUUCGAAUUCGUAUCGGGUCUCGACCAUUCCUUCCACAUUACCAGCGAAGCUCUCCAGGAUCAUUGGCGGCAUAUUCUCGAAGACAUCGAUCAACUCACCCGGAGGUUCACGUAUGCGGACGAACAACAAGAAGCGGCUAUCAAGAAGGAUGAGAAGAAGAAGAAAGCAAUGGCCGCAAUGGAGUUGGCUUUCGGAAUCAUUACAGCAGUUUUCGGGCUCAUGUCCGCAGGCGCCAACAUCGUGAACUUCAGGCCAGAGAUCGUCAAUAAAUACAUCAACGAGAUGGCUGUGUUCAAGAAUAUGGGUACGAAGUGGCAGCGAACUCUGGAAUGGGCGGGCGGCAAGACCAGGAUUCCAGGCAGCUCAAUAGCCAGGAAGCUGAAGUCUCGGAGACAUCCGGAGGCGACAGACGGCGGUCCACGCCCGGAUCCGUCAGGUUUCCUCAGGGAUAAGACAAUCGAGAACAUCCAGAAGCUGUGGACCAUCACUAGCGGAGGUUAUCUCGGGGUGCAAGGGUUGACCAAAGAGGUAGUCAAGAAGAUCGACCAUAAGAAGGAUUUGAAAGGAUAUGACAAGACUCUGGAAGCGGUGCGUGCAGAGCUAGUCGAACUCGAUACCAACGAUAUCGACGAAGCCAGAGCCGGAAUGCCAAUCCUUGCGUUGGGCGGCAGAAGUCGCGAUGGCAACAACAUCGUCGACCUCUAUGAGAAGGACUUUUUUUACGGCGCCAAUGUCGACUUUCGAGCCUAUGUCGACUUCGUGGUCGGCUUGAGGACUUAUGCGACUAUCAUAAGCGCCUUGUGGAAAACGGAAGGCGUCUACGUCGUCGAGACCUGGACUAAAGAAGGCGGCGACUGCGACCAAGACAAUCGUGGACCAGCCGAGAACAAGAUCUGUCUUCGGGAACGUCCUAAUAUAUCCUACUGGGUGUACGCAAUGACAAAUUACAAAGACAAGAAGAAUCGUAGUCCACCCGGAUGGGAGUACCUCACCAGUGAAGAGGGUUUCCACGGCCUCUUCGCUAGUGACGUGGUCCGAGCUGCUCUUUGGCGAGAAGAGGUCUAUUGGCCUGAACGCGAGAAGGAGGAACGUGAACGGAAUUCCACAGCUUCAGGCACCUGCCCAUCAGACAACAACGAUCGGCUGCAGGAUACGCCGGCCCUGGAGCCGGUGAAUCUGGACGGCAAGGGAAGUCCGGACACCAACGUCACGCACUCAUCGGGCUCGAACUCUACUUUACCCCCGGGCGCGAGAAAGCGUCUGGACGACUAUGGCAACGCCCCCGACGCUUUCGACAUUGCGGUAUGUCGCAGCUGGAUGGGUGAAGCUAUCUCCAGCACGAAGAGCACAGACCACAACAAUGCGCCUUGCCUAUGCGAUCCCAUCAACCCCAUCUACGCAGCCUCGUGGGAAGCGCCCACGAACUGGACCAUGGCAGCAACCAAGAAGUUCAUCAAAGACAGCGGCUUGUACAACUUCGACAGCUUCGGAAAGAAGUGCCACGACUGUGACAGGAUGGAUGUAAGUUGGAAGGCACUGUUACAACUUGACGACGAGGAAGAGCCAGCGAAGCAUAUGAAGAAGGCUUGGCUUCACGACUGCGACCCGAAUCAUCACAAGGAACAUGACUUGGGACCACCACAGCUUACCAAUCCCAACUCGACAAGCUCAUCAUCCGUACCACCAGGUUGCGACCCAACGCAGGCACCAACACCCACCCGAGAGCCCAUCAUGCAAGUUACCACCCAGCUCCUCAACGAGGAGACGCGGUACCCGAAGAACACGCCCAAAAACAUAACGUCGCAAGGCGCAUGCAACGGGCCGUACUGCAUCGUGGACGUCGUCUACGAAAUCCGGGAGUCACACUACAACUACACCGUCGACUCCUCGGUCCGAAACGGCGAAUACGGUUGCUAUCCUGGCAACGACAAGUGCGUUGAACAGUCCGCGCACGAUCUUUGCGACUUCCGCGAUGACGAUGACGACAGUGAAGAGGCUAAGGCCAAGGAAGACGCGGAAUGGGACCGUGAAGAAGUCGGACCAGACGACGACGAGUAUGAGGACUUCAUCCAGGAGAACCCCAAAGGCAACGGCACAGCCCCAGGCAACGACAAGACCUCGACCGACGGCACGAACCCAAGCAACGACAAGGCCCAAAAUGACGGCACAACUCCCGGCGACAACGGCGCUCCAGGCAACGGCACCUCCCCCGACAGCCAAGACAAGAAGAAACCCGACAACGAAGCCAUGAAAGCCUUCAAAGCAUGGCUCAAGAUGAACGAGAAACGACAAGCAUGUGUAUGCGGCGGAAACGGCAAGAACGGCCGACACGGCAUCCAUUGUUUCCCAGGACCAGUCGCCACGAGAACCACUACGAUCAAGGGCCGCAUGAGCCAGACAGCUAAUCCGUUGAGUCCUUUGGCUGCUACACCCACUGGAGCCGGAGGUGGAAGUGCGGCUGCAAGUGGGACUGGCAAUGUAGUGACCAACGUUGUCGCCACGAGUGAUGUGUGGGUCGACGCGCGAGAAAUAUCUGUUGAGAUGCCGAGUCUGGGUACGCCUACUGAGACGGCGGUGUUCUUGACGGGUAGCUACGCUUCGAUCGCUACGUAUCCCGCGGCGGGUAUGCACUGA